GAUGGGGUGAGGUCAGAGCCAGUUAAACCGCUGUUCCGCGCAGUUCUGCGGUUGGUCGUUAAGUGCCUCGGCCAGCGUCUCGCAUAAGGGAAAUAGAACAAAAUUAAAGCAUAAACAUGAGCAUCAGUGAAGCAACUAUAAAGAUAUUGCUGGCCAGGUUGGGGAAUGACAAAUUAAGAGAUGAGUGUGAACCAUAAAAAUGGUUGUCUGGGUAGAAAGACAAAGAACAUGGACACCAAAAAUGGGAAACAAACAGCAUCAAGGAAAGGGAGACAGAAAGGCAGCAGCAAGAAGCAGCAUGCUGCCCAACCCUGGAAGCAGAAGCAGCUGCACACCAACAAGUCAUUGAGCUGGAAAAGAAGGAAACCCAAGAAAAUGAGAAGGAAAGGCUUCAUGCCCAGAGCAAAAUGGGCAAACGGGCAAAUCCCACAGUCCCCAGGUACUCCCUCCAUUCAAGGAACACCCAGCCAGGACAGGUUGUGCCCUGCAUACAAAAAAGAAGUAGAUUGUAUUGGAGCAUAUUUUACCACUUUUGAAAGGUUAUGUGAGUUUCAUAAACUUCCAGAAGAUAAGGAGGUCCCCUGAUUGCAAAGUUGUGUGGUAAAACAUUAAACAUAUUUAAUGAAAUGCUAGUUGAAAAAGCUUUGAAAUAUUCUGAGUUUUAAAAAUGUGUCUUGCAAAGCUUUCAAAUUACCCCUGAGUUGUACAGUCUGAAAUUCACAAAUCUCAGGAAGAGUGCUGGCAUGAGUCAAUGUGUCUAGAAAAUGUGUGGCCCAACAAGAAAAAGGGAAAAGUGGCUGAGAACUAUGACUGUUUGUUUGAUCUCUUUGCUCAAGAGCAUUUUCUAAGCAUAUGUUCUGAGAUGUAAUAUAGAAUAAAUCUUUAAGUUCUCUGCAGGAAGUUGCCAUCCUGCCUCCUGAUUCCUUUGUACAAGCCCAAGUGUAGGGGCAGAAGCCUGGUGUAGAGGGAAUGACCCUGUUUUACCACUGGGAAGAAGGGGAGUGGUUGGGAGCCCAGGUGCUCACCUCCUCAGAAUCAUUCCCCUGCUGGAAAUCCCCAUUAUACACAACCUGUACAGGAGAAUGGUCCAAGGAGGUACCACCCAUGUAACUCCACUGAGCACAUGAGAAAUAAGUGCCUUAAGAUAAACUAAGAUCACACCCCAUCCAAUGCAGGUUAAUGCAACUGUCAUUAACACCAAUUAAUUCUGUGAUGCCUGAUCUUGAGGAAGUGGACCUGGAGUUUAUCAUGGUUGCCAAUGUAAAUUGCAAGGAAUGGAUAGCCUCAAGGGACAUUGGAGUAUAAAUUUCUCAGGUCAGGGAAAGCAUAUUCAGAAAAACUGGAUACAUGCGUUACCUGACCAGGAAGUAGAGCUCCUGGCAUUGGAAAAAUAUAAAAUAGCUGUACCUCUGGCUAAGGUGUAUUUUGAAUGAGAAGGGUUGAAAGUUGAGAUAUUAAACAGCAUUUCCACAGCAAUACUGGUGGGAAGUGAUAUUUUUAGUAUGUUCACAGGUGUUAAUAUUGUAACCCAUAGAAGAGAAUUGUGCAGACAAACAGCUGUGGGAGAAAGGGACAUCCCCAGCUGAGCAAGAGGAAGCAAAGUGCUUUCAGAUGUGGGAGGGAUUGAGGCCAGCUCUUGCAUAGCAGAGGAAAGUAGAAUCCUCUGAGACUGGGGGAGGAGGAAUUUACCUCUGCUACUGAAGAAUCUGUCCCAGUUGUCAGCUGCUAGCAUUUUGCAGAUGAAUUAAGGGUAGACUGCACUCUAGAGUGCAUAUGGAGAUAUGUCCUGAAAGGGACCUCAGUGAGGGGAAAUGGAGAAUAUACAGGGCUGCUGUUGAGAUUUCCAAGGCCCCAAGCUACUGGACAUAAAGGAAGUGGCUUAGACGUGUACCAAAGCCAGUUUUUGGAACUUCAUCAAAGAUUGUUAUAUGCCGAAAAAGAAAAUAAAAAAAGAUCCCGUGAGUUGAGCAUUGUCCUGGAUGCAAUUAAGCUGGUAGUUGCAGAGAGACUGAACUCUACAGCAAAUCAUACAGAUGCUAUGAAGUGGAAAGUGUUAAAUCUCACCAGCAAACUCCCUUUGCAUCUUACAAACAUACACUACUACCUACCUCACCUCCGGGAGCAUGAAAACAGCCUUUACCCAAAUGUUGUCAUUGGACAAGGGAGAACUGGAGUCUCCCUGGUGAUGGGUAUUCCUACUGUGAAAAGGGGAAAACAAAGUUAUCUGCUGGGCACAUUGAACUCUCUCUUCUAUGAGAUGACUGCAGAGCAGAAGAAUGAUUGUGUAGUGGUUAUCUUUGUAGCAGAGGUGAAUGCAGAGUAUGUUAACAGUAUUGCAGAAAGUGUUAAAACCAGCUUCCCUAAUGAAGUGCAGUCGGGCGUUAUUGAGGUUAUUUCCCCUCUUGCUUCCUAUUACCCAGACCUCUCCAAUCUCAAGGAAACAUUUGGUGACUCAAAGGAAAGAGUAAGGUGGAGAACUAAACAGAAUUUGGAUUAUAGCUUUUUAAUGCUAUAUGCACAACCCAAGGGAACAUUUUAUUUACAGCUAGAAGAUGAUAUUGUGGCAAAACCUCAGUACAUUGAGAAAAUAAAAAACUUUGCUCUUGAACAGCCCUCUGAUGAGUGGAUGAUUCUUGAAUUCUCUCAGCUUGGAUUUAUUGGAAAGUUGUUUAGAACUAAAGAUUUACCACUCAUAGUAGAAUUCUUUUUAAUGUUCUACAAAGAUAAGCCCAUAGACUGGCUUCUAGACCACUUACUCUGGGUUAAAGUAUGCAGUCCAGAAAAGGAUCCAAAACAUUGUGAAGGGCAAAAGGCCUAUGUGCGUAUCCGUUCUAAGCCAUCUCUCUUUCAGCAUGUGGGAAUUCAUUCAUCUUUGGCUGGGAAAAUACAGAAUUUAAAAGAUAAAGAUUUUGGCAAAAACAUGCUACAUAAAGCACAUGUUAACCCCCCUGCAAAAGUGACUACUAGCCUAAGAAUAUUCGAGCAUUAUACUUUAGAAAAGGCUUAUGAAGGAAUGGACUGUUUUUGGGCUUUUUCUCCAAUGGCUGGAGAUUAUAUCUUAUUCACUUUUUUACAGCCAUUGAAAGUAGACGGGUACCUCUUUAGAAGUGGAAACAUGGAACACCCUGGUGAUAAACUGUUUAACACUACUGUAGAAGUUUGGCCUGCUGCUGAAACAGAAUUAUUAAAAGAUGCAGUAGGCCAUGGAGACAAAGUUAACUACCAAACAACCAAAGAUGGAUAUUUAAAGAUAGGUACAUUUGAUAAUGGAAUAGCAGAAGGCAUCAUCAGUCCAUCAGUAGGAAAAAUACAGGCUAUUCGUUUAUCUAUCCAUUCUGAUUCUCCUGUGUGGGCAUUACUGAGUGAGGGUUCUAUGUUCUGCGGGGAAAAUUCUACCCUUCUUAAUUAUGUGACCAGUUGCAUAAGGAAGGGAAGCUCCAUGUGGUCCUUCUUGAUACCUGUGCAUAACUACUGUUAAUACUAAUGGACAUGCACCCUGAGAAGAGAAUGGAUCCCUCUGAGACGGGAAUUAUCCUUCAAAUAUAAUUGAGAUAUGUAGGCCAAACAAAUUAAUACAGCCAUGUAAUUAUUUAGAUUAAAAUAGUUCUUUAAAAUAUUUGAAUUAAUGUACAGACCACUGUCAUACACAUGGGAGUUCCACCUUCCACAUCCACUCUUCUUCUUUCUCCAUUACUUAUA